AUGACAAACACAACUAUCACGUUCGAUAUUCCGGGCACGGUGCAGCUAGUCGACACACAAGGCGUCCUCGACGUGAAGCAUGGCUCGGAGCACACCAACAUCGUUCUUGUUCCACAACCGAGCAGCGACCCGAACGAUCCGCUAUCAUGGACGCGAAAGCGCAAGACGUUCAACAUCUCCUGGGUCAUGACAUGGUGCUUCUUCGGCGCUGCAAUCAUAUCCGGCCUGUCUCCCGCCUACCUGCAAAUCGAAGCAGACACCGGCAUUUCUGUAGCAGACCUUAGCACUGGCAAUGGCCUCAUGUUCCUCUUUCUCGGUUGGGGCACUCUGCUCACCCAGAACUUCGCGCUCAACUACGGAAGGCGCCCGACUCUCGUUUAUUCGAUGGUCGCGAUGACCUUUGUCAGUCUCUGGACUGCCUACGUCAAGUCUCGAGCCGAAUUCUUUCUUAAUCGCAUCAUCAUUGGCAUUGUCUCUUCGCCAAUGGAGACUCUGAUCGAAGUCAUAAUUGACGACCUGUAUUUCGUCCACCAACGAGGCUUCUACAUGGGUAUCUACAGUUGGAUGUUGUGGUGUGGUGCCUUCCUCUGCCCGGUCGCUACAGGAUUCAUCGCCGAAGACCUGGGUUGGCGUUGGAUCCAGUACAUCCUAUCCAUUACAGGUGGCGUAAUAACCAUUCUGACAUUUCUCUUCUUCGAAGAGACCAUGUUCUGCAGACCUAGUUCACAAGCCGAUGUUGGUGGCAUCACCGAUCAGCAGCGGGGGCUCUUUGAUAGCGACAAGAGCGCAAUCGAUACCGAGCGGACCGAAGACCAGAAGCCUCAGCCUGCGGAAGGUGCAGCCAGUGUCAAUUCUGAAAUCGAGACACGCACUAUACCGAACCGCGUCAAUGUAGCACCCGAAAAAGCUUUCUGGUCGAAAUUCAAGCUAUGGGGAUAUCAAGACGACAGAAAACCAAGACAGCUGAAGCAGUCUCUGUUGCCUUUUUACCUCCUUCGAUUCCCUUCCGUCAUUUUCGCCGGUAUUCUGGUUGGAGGUAUCCUCUCGUGGUACAACGUAGUUGGCGGGUCUCUGGCUCUCAUCCUUGGCAACCCACCAUACAACUUUGGCUCCAACGUUAUCGGCCUCUUUUACCUUGCUUCGGUGAUUGGAGUAUCGAUCGGAUGUCUGAUAUCAAGCUUGGCGAGCGAUUCUUUGUCAGUGUGGAUGGCCCGCCGACAUGGAGGAGUAAUGGAACCAGAGCAUCGUCUUUGGUUAUGCUUCCUGGCUAUUGUGGCCCACCCUGUCGGUUGCAUCCUAUACGGCGUGGGGGCUUCAUACCAAAUCCACUGGGUCGGUAUUGCUUUCGGGCUGGCCUUGAUCUCUGUCACUCUCCCUCUGGGAACCAGCAUGGCGUUCACAUAUAUCCUCGACAGCUUCAAGGACCUCGCUGGCGAGGGCUUCGUGUCAGCUAUCCUUAUUCGCAACACGAUGGGCUUCGCUUUCAGCUAUGCUGUAGUGCCGAUGAUCAAUAGCAUUGGUCUUCGCGAUGCCUUCAUCGUCACAGCUGUUCUUGGAGUGACAUUCUGGGCACUGUGUCUGGUCAUGAUGUACUUAGGGAAACCGUUGCGACGCAUGGCGGCGCCUCAUUACUGGGACAUGGUAGAAAAGCAUAGCCUUUCAGGACACUGA